AUGGCAAGAUUUCAUUUGCCGGGGGAUCCAUAUUUCCCCAACCAAGGGAAUGCUGAUUGGAUCGUGGAGGACCCAGAGGAAGAUCCCAAAGAAGAACCCAUGGAAGAGGAAGAAUCAGUAGACGGUGAAGAAGAAGAAGAAGAAGAAGACUCAGAUGGAACCGAUUCAGAACCCGAAGUUUACAAUCCACACCCUGCCCCUAUUCCUCCACAACACUACCAGGGCCCGACGCCCCAAUGGGCCAAAACUAUACAUCGAUGGAGCCGAGAGCAAGGUCAACGAGCUCCCUAUGGCAUGCAACGGGGUUUCUACGAUCUCGGUAGAGGAGGGUCAGCCGAGCGAGCCCUCCCUGUCAUUGUUCACCGUGUCACACGCCACGAAGAGCAAACAAGAGUUAACACCCGACACGUCAUGGAAGUUGGUGCCACCAGCCAAGUCAAUUCCGUUCGCAUUCGCCGUUUGGAUGAUGAACACGAUCAGACUCUAGACCGCAUCGAGCUUCUUUGA